AUGAAUCUCAAAAGAAAGGUCAUUUUUUGCAAUGAAAGAAAACUUUUUCAACGAACUUGCCGAUAUCUUCUUCUGAACAAUAAAGAUUUACAAAAUAAACUAAAAAAUAAUAAUCAUAUGAUUAAAUUAAUAAAAAAUGUUGUGCAACAGAGAGAAAAAGAAAAUGACAAGAAUAGCAGUAUACCGUUUAUCGAUUUGGGUUUUUCAUACCUGUAUAAAAAUAUAAGUAUUAAUAAAGUGAGGAAAAAAAAAAAUGUGCCAUAUGAAUCAUUUGAUAGAGAUGUAAAUGAUAUAAUCUCUAAUUUAAACAAGUUCAAUACCUUUGAUUGGUACUACACAGUUGUUAUAAAUUCCUAUGACGAUUCAGAUGGAAGAGGGGAAAAAAAAAAAAAAAAAAAAAAAAACAUAGAAGAUGUAUAUUUUUAUAUCAUGAAUUCAUUAAAUAUUCUUACUACUCAUCAAGUGUUACUAAUAUUGUAUAGUUUCACAAUUCAUCAUGUGAAUAUGGAAUAUUUGAAAAAAAUAAAUGAGCAUGUAAUAAACAAUAUUUAUAAUUUCAAAACAAGUGAACUGGUUUUAAUUCAUUUAUUUUAUGUCUACUUUGAGGAGUACUGUAGAAAUAAUCAUGUAAACGAAUCACACACCUUAGAUGCAAACCACAGGGAUAUUAUAAACUUUUCUUAUUAUCAGUAUGGUAUUAAGACAAGGAACUCAUUCAAAAAAAGUAACAAUGUUGAUGGCCAUGAUGAUGAUGAUUAUGAUUGUUUCCCUUCUUCACCUGUUCAUAUUUCUGACAACAAAAUGUUCGAAAUUCGCACGUUAGCAAAUGAUCUGAUUAGGUACACUACCCACGUAUUUUAUAAAAGAAAGGAAAAUUUAAACUUGAAUCAGAUUAAAGAAAUAAUAUUUAUAUAUUACAUAUACAAUAUAUACCACAAGGAACUAUUCGACUACUUCAUUUCAUACAUUGAAAAUGCACUGAAGUUGUUACAUAUUGAUAAUAUACAUUUAAUUUUAAUGGAUAAUUCUCAACUACAAGAUAAAAACAAAAAAGAUGCUAUUUAUGAUGCAAACCAAUUUUACCUUCUCAUUAAGUGCUUUUACUACCUAACGGGCAUAAGAAAUAUUUCACAUAUACAAGAAACACGGAAAAAAUUUUUUUUCCAUUUUGCUAAUUUUCUGAGGAAAAAUUUAUGCUUACUCGACAGAUUGGAUACCCCUGAGUUGUUCAUGCUUUUGGAAGUGGGUAGAAAAACCGAUGGAGAAGAUGCAGGAAUGGGUAGCGAAACGGAAGGAAUGGGCGAGGCUGAGAGGAAUAGAUAUAGCUCGAGUGUAAAUUCCAUUAACGAGAACCAAGAAAAGGACUAUUUAAAAUGUGCCAUUUUAAAUAUCAUCGAGAAAAGACUAAAAAGUGCAAACGAGGAGAUGUCCCCAGAAGGAAAAAAUAAUUUAUCUGAAACGUGCAGAAAACUGAACAAAUGUGUACAUAUAUUAGACAUGGUGUAUGAGUAUUAUGUUGAUUUGUGCAAUUCUUGUAAAAAUAAAAAAGAGGCAAAAGAACCUAGUGAAAAACAGGAUUCUGGCAUUUCUGACAUUUCUAACAUUUCUAACAUUUCUGACAUUUCUGACAUUUCUAACAUUUCUAACAUUUCUGACAUUUCUGACAUUUCUAACAUUUCUGACAUUUCUAACAUUUCUGACAUUUCUGACAUUUCCAACAUUUCUGAGCAUUGCAAAGGGGGGAUUUUUCAUUCCAGCAUAGGUGGAAAAUACAUCAAAAAUUGCAAACCUAGUUACAACAUUGAUAAGACGAAUGGAUGUGUAAAUGCGGAUAUAUCAUUCAACGUAAGAAACAAUAUAAGUAGCAGGGCCGUUAGGACUAAAAAUUGUAAUUAUUGUGCUGAAGAUGAUAAUACACCAAAAAGAAGACACAACCACGGAAGGGAGAAGAAAGAUAUCUCCAAUUUAUUCCCCCAAAUAACAUUUUUGAGUAGUAUUAAUAAGUAUAUUUCAAUCAAAAGUGAAAAUUACAAGAGAUAUCUUCCGAUGCUUCUUUCAAAUUUAAAAAAAGAAAAAAAAUUCAAACACAUUCUUCUUUACUUUAUAAAUAAUAUAGACAAAAGAACGGAUGCAAGUAUUUUGCUUUUUUACAUCAAGUUAAUAUGUCAGUACACAAAUAAUAUAUACGUAUUGUUAUAUGUGGGAUAUCUUUAUAAAUGCAUUAUUAUGACUAAUAAUUUUCGAAAAUACACGAAUUUUAACUCAGAAAAGGUCACCAUAUUAUUUUCAAGUUUGUACGAACUUAUAAGAAGCAGGGAAAUUUUAAUGCAGACUCAGCAAAAUGGCGUAACAUUUGGAGAGACACAAAAUGGCGUUACAUUUGGAGAGACACAAAAUGGCGUUACAUUUGGAGAGAAACAAAAUGGUGAAACAUUUAGUCAAAACAACAAACAAUUUUUCGCAUUGCUACGUGAAAAUAAUCCCAAUAUGUAUGCACAUGUUCAGGAAAAUUUAUCCAAUUUAAACCUGAUGGAAAUAAAAAACUUGGACGAUUUUCUUUUCCAUUAUGUGUACAAACAAUUGAUCAGGGAUACAUUCUCAUACUUGGAAAGUGUGUUACUUUAUAUGAACAAUAGGAUGCUAGUGAAUUACCUUUUGGAAUAUUUUUUGUAUAUAAAUAAUUACUACAGUAUGUAUUCAAAGGAGAAGACAAGUGUUGAGGGGAAAAGAAUUGCUAUUUUAUUUUUUCAAAAAAUUUUUAUACUGAAUUUUUUAAAUAUAUAUAAAGAUAAAAAGGAUAAAUGUCAUGAAAUAGCGAAUAAUAUUUUAGCUUAUAUAAGAUUAGAAAAAGAAGUAGAAAAGGUUCUUUCAAAUUAUAUAUUAAAUAUAUAUUUUCAAAAUUGUAUUGUACCAUCCAACGAUCAAGACAUGUUUAUGCAAAUUGAGAAUAUUCUUCAAGAACACUUUAAUUGUGGAUUUUCAUUGACUUACCAAAAUAAUGGAAUAAUUUUACCAAGUUCAAUUGAUACCAAUAAUUUAAACGUCCCAUUAUCAAACGAGGAAAUUAUAUGUAUAAUAAAAUCCCUAAUUAAAAAUAAGAGAAAUUCUUACCUUAUUAAUUUCCUUGUUUUAGUCAAUGCUCAGGUUACUUUUAAUACUUUAUUUUCCGGAAUUAAAAAUCAUCUCUAUUCUUAUGCAUUUUAA